GGGGAGAGUGGACAGGAGAUAAAAGGGAGACCAGGAGCAGCUGGGCAUUGCCGAGCUGCUGGGGCUGGGAGCGAGGGCUGGCCGGAGGACAGCAGUGAGAAGGCCGGGGGUCUGGGAUGGGGCUGCUGGUGCUGGCCCUGGCCGCCUGGCUGGGGCUGGGGCUGGCCUCGGCAUCUGAGGAAGUGGCCAACAGCAGCUGGCUCUGCCGAGAGGCGCCAACAUGGAGCGUCAACGGCUUGAGCCCCAUGGCGGGGGCGGCAGGGCAGGUGACGGUGGUGGCCCUGCUGAAGGCCAGCUGACAAUUCUGCCUGCAGCAGGCCCGCAGCCUCGGGGACCUGCGGGAGAAGCUGACCCGACAGGGCACAGUCGACGUCCGCUACAUGAUCGUCAACGAGAAGGCACCGCUCUCCCGUGCCAUGUUCGGGGAGCUGGAGCGCCAGGCCCCCCCUGGCGUCCCCGUCUUCCAGCCGGAGCCGGAGGAGCCCGACGUCUGGCAGGUCCUGGGGGGCGACAAGGACGACUUCCUCGUCUACGACCGGUGCGGCCGCCUGGCUUUCCACAUCCAGCUGCCCUACAGCUUCCUCCACUUCCCCUAUGUGGAGUCGGCCAUCCGCUUCACCCACAGCAAGGACUUCUGCGGCAACUGCUCCUUCUACCCCAACACCACCCAGGAGGCUAACAGUACCAUGGAGGUCCCUGUAACCCUGAGCCCACUUCCCAAACAAGAGGGGAAGGAGUCAGAGACCCCCAUUCACCAGCACAAUCCCCUCUAUCCUCACCACCACCAUGAGGUCAGCAGCGAGAGAGCCACAGACCCAAGAGGGGACCACGAACUUGCCACCCAUGCUCACCACCACCAUGGAGACCAUGGCCAGCCCCAUCAUGAGGGGAAGAAGCAGAAGGAAGGAAAUGGGCACUAAGCCAGGCUGGGCAGCCUUGCAGAAGAACCCAGCAGUGUGCAGACCAUGCCAACUUGCUUUCCAGAGGCAUGAAAUGACCCACUUUGGGCUGCUGGUCACCAGCAGCAUUGGUAUAACAAGCCCCUCCAGCAUCCCCCAUGUGGUUUGUACUCCCACACUGUGACCAGGGAUGAAAAUCCCUUUUACACUCCCCCCGCAGGUGCUGCAUUUUCAGCACCAGGUCUUGGUUCUGAGCCUUCCUCUGCCUCCACCUGCCCUUCCAUGCUCAAUGAAGCCUGCUGUGCAAACCAGGAGGUCCCUGGUCACUGCUGGCUGACACUGCACGGAGCAGCAGGGCAGGGGUGGAAGGGCCAGAACUGGGACAGGAGCAGCACUGCCAACAUGCUCUGCAUGUCCUGGCACCCCUGGGUGUCCUGGCCAGGGAGCGAGGGGAGGCACAGCGUGUGUCCUGCAGGAGGUGAUCCCAGGGGUUGGGAGCACUAGGAGUGGUGGGAGGUCGCAGCUUCCCAUGGUCUAAACCCUGUACCCCCAUAGCUGUGACAUCCUGGGGACCCUCCAGGCCUUGCACACGGGUAUGUGCAGUAGUGAUGGGUGGCCGCAAGAUGGUGGCCUUGCCCCCUCUUGGAGACGUAGGGGCUGUAUCCGGGGCCGUGGGGGUGAGGAUCCGGGGGUCUCUCCUGGGGGAGAAGCGAGAUUGGAGGGCGAUGUGGAUAUCCAGAGUAUGAAUAAAACCGCUGUGAAAUGAA